CCAUUUUCCUUCAAGCUCCAACAUUAGUCCCCUUCUGUACCAUGGCAAACAACACCGUUUUCAGCCUUUUCUUUUUCGUUACUCUCUUCACAUGCCUUGUCGCUGCCAUUGUCAACAAUGACCACAUUUUAUUGCCGAGUCAGCUCCACCAGGACAACUCACUGAGUUCGUCCUCGAGUUGCACGGCACCCGACCCAAAGCUUAACCCGCGCCCGGUCAUCGGAAUCCUGUCGAACCCCGGCGACGGAGCCGCCGGCCGCCUCAGCAACAGCAGCGGCAUUUCAUACAUCGCCGCCUCCUACGUCAAGUUCGUGGAGUCCGGUGGUGCUAGAGUUAUUCCUCUUCUCUACAACGAGUCACCGGAUAGCCUUCUCGCGAAACUGUCUUUGACAAAUGGAGUGAUCUUCACUGGUGGGUUGGCUUCAUCUGGUCCAUAUCUCAAAGCCCUUCAAUUUGUUUUUCAGGCAGCUUUAGAGAGAAAUGAUGCUGGUGAACACUUCCCAGUUCUUGGCCUCAACUUAGGUGGAAACCUGCUAAUAAAGAUCGUAGCUGAACAAGCUGAUGUUCUUGAAACAUUCAAUGCAUCGAGCUUGCCGAGUUCUCUUCAAUUGUGGAUUAAUGCACUUGAAGAUGGAAGUCUAUAUCAAACUUUUCCUUUAGAUUUGUUGCAACUGGUGAGAUCAGAGUGUCUGGUCCUGCACAAUCAUAGAUAUGCCAUAACCCCACGCAGGCUUCAAUAUAACAGAAAAUUAUCCAGCUUUUUUGACAUUUUGGCAACAUCCACAGACAGAGAUAACAAGGUUUUUGUUUCCACGGCACGUGGUACGAAAUAUCCUGUGACUGUUAACCUAUGGAACCCAGAGAAAAAUGCCUUUGAAUGGGCCACAUCUUUGAAAGCCCCUCACACAGCGAAUGCAGUUCUGGUUACUCAGUCCGCUGCAAACUUUUUCGUGAGUGAAGCUAGGAAAUCCUCAAACAGACCUGAUGCUCAGGCAGUGCGAGACAAUCUGAUCUACAACUACAAGGCCACUUAUAGUGGAGUUGCUGGGAAAGGAUUUGAUCAAGUCUAUAUCUUUGAGUGACUCUAAGUGUUGGGAGUUUCAUUGAGUGUGAUUUUGUGCACAAUAAAUUAUGAACGGUGGAUGUGUUUCGAGGAAUAAAAGUUUGUGCACACUGAUGUUUGUAAUAUGCUUAAUAUCGGGGCAUUGCUCUGCUUAUCAAUGAGAUAUUAUAAUGUUGUUGUCCCCAAACCUUAGUGUGUUAUUGAGAGCAAUUUAAACUUA